GAUGUUUCAUGUAAGGGAAAUGUGGUGCUAUCACUGGAAAUGGAAGCUGCAUCACUAUCUCUGCUUGUUUACCACAUAUAUUAUAUGCAUGCAGCAAGCAGCUCAUGGAUGCUAUGACUGUAGGAUCGUGCUAACGGACCCCUCUGGUGUUUUCACUUCUCCGUGCUUUCCCAGUGAUUAUCCCAAUAGCCAAGCAUGCAAGUGGAUCAUCAGAGCUCCUCAUGGAUUCAUCAUACAGCUAACUUUUAUUGAUUUUGACAUCGAAGAAGCUCCAGGCUGCAUUUAUGAUUCACUGACUUUAGACAAUGGAGAAAGCCCCAUGAACCUUUGUGGCAUCACUGCCAAAGGAUUGUCCUAUAACUCUACCGGAAAUGAAAUGAUCGUAUCGUUUAAAAGCGACUUCAGUAUCCAAAAGAAAGGUUUUAAUGCCAGCUAUAUACGGAUCGCUGUGUCUCUGAGGAACCAGAAAGUCAUCAUUCCCCAGGUUCCUGACGUCGAUGCUGUGUCUGUGGCAGAGACGGUCUCGGUGCCAGAGCUUAGCCAGUUUACACUGUGUUUUGAAGCAACCAAGGGCAGCAGCGAUGACAACGAUGACUGGAAGGUUUUUUCUUACACCGAUGCAUUGUCAACAGAACUCUUCAGCUUUGGAAAGUCCACAAAAGGCCAUUUUCUGUUUGUCUCGGGCACACAGUGCAUCCUUGAGAAUGCAUUGCCUCGAAAUGCAGAGUUUUUCACGGGAACUUUUCAACAGCUCUGUGUCGUAGGGGAUAGCUUCUCGGGCAGCAUAGGUAUAUAUGCCAAAAGCACCUAUCAUAUAGUGUACUGCCCAGGUAUCUUUGGCAAAGUUAUCCCUGGAAAUGGGAGGCUGGUGCUGGGCUCUAACAGCAAUGAAGUGAGCUCUCUAAAUGGAGACAUUUACAACUUCCGCCUCUGGAAUUUCACCAUGAAUGCGCAAACACUGGCCAACCUCAGCUGCGAUGUGAAAGGAAACAUUGUAGACUGGGAAAAUGAAUUCUGGAGUAUUCCAACUUCAGCACUGAAAGCAGAAAACAAUUUGAGUUGUG